ACUGUGCUGCCCUCUGCCCCCCCCCCCCCCCCCGCUGCUUCCGCUUUCCUGCCGCGCUCGCCGCCUCCUCCCUCCCCACAGCCACCAUGUUCGCCUGGAUUGGCUCCAUCUUCAUGUGGUGUGCGAUCAUUUCGUUCGUCACCUACCUGAUCAACACCCUGAUCCACGAGGUCAUUGCCAAGGAGCAGAACCUCAAGACCAAGUACAACGCCAAGUGGGCCCUGGUUACCGGCGGCUCGUCCGGCAUGGGCAAGGCCAUCGCCGAGAAGCUUGCCCAGCAGAAGAUCAACGUCGUUAUUGUUUCCCUCGAUGACCAGCUCCUCAAGGACACCACCCAGGAGCUGCGCACCAAGUUCCCCCAGGUGGAGUUCCGCUCGGUCGGUGUGAACCUCGGCCAGCCCGGCUUCCUGCCCGAGGUGAUCGAGGCCACCAAGGACAUUGACAUCUCGCUUCUCUUCAACAACGCCGGCUAUGUCACCCCCGGGCUCUUCUUCGAUGUGUCGCUCGAGCGCCAGAUGAACAACUACCACUGCAAUGUCACCGCGGCCGUCCUGCUCACCCACCACUUCCUGCGCCUCAUGGGCGAGAAGAACCUCAAGGGCCUCAUCACCUUCACCUCCUCCUCGGGCAUGUUCCUGCCCACCCCGACCAUGACCCUCUACGGCUGCACCAAGGCUUUCCUGACCUCCUUUGCCGCGUCCCUGGCCCCUGAGGCCCGUGCCAUCGGCGUCGAUGUCCUGGCCAUCCACCCUUCUCCCACUCGGACUCGCUUCUACGACAACGCCCAGGGCGUGCAGAUGCUGUCCUUCGCCCAGCGCAUUGCCGUCGAGCCGUCCGAGGUGGCUGACUGCCUGUUCAAGAACGCCGGCCGCGUGGUUGUCAUCGACCAGGGCCUCACUUCCAUCGGCCUGAAGAUGCUGACCAAGAUCAUUGACGGCAACUUCAUCUCCCUCCUCUUCCCCUUCAUCCCCCACCUGAUGGAGGACUUCAACAAGGCCCUCAACGACUGGAACAAGAACCUCAAGGAGCGCCUGGCCGCCCCGGUCGCCAAGUAAGCCCCCCCCCCCCCUCCCCUCCCUCCCUGUCCCCCC